CACCUGUUAAAUUGUCAUUUUUGCAAGAGAAGGAGGGUCCCGAUGUAUGUUGACGUCCUAAAUAUUUUAACCAAAAUACAUUGUUGAUUGACGAUCAAAUGGACUAUAAUUACGUAUGUUAGAAGCGACUGUAACCUGGGGGACCUCUUAAGAAGGGGCGAAAAUAGUAUUACAUUAAUAUAGAGGUGAUGGAAAAUGACGAAAAAAACCUUUUCGCUUGUGGUUUGUGCGGUGAAAAUUUUAGUCAGAGUAGGCAUCUACGGGAACACGUGAAAACUCAUAUCACUGGAAGAUAUAAAUGUGAUAUAUGUGGUGAAUGUUUUCAUCGAUAUACCACAUUACAAGUACACAUAAGAGCACACAAGGGCGAAAGGCCCUAUAAAUGUGACGUAUGUGGAAAGGAGUUUAAUGUAAAUGGGGCUCUUAAGGCUCACGCGAGAAUACACACUGGAGAAAAAUUGUUUAAUUGUGAAGUAUGCGGAAGAGGUUUUAAUCGUACUAAAAAUUUGUCAAGACACAUGAAAUUGCACACUGGUGAAAGACCUUACGUGUGCAGCGAGUGUGGGAAUCGAUAUAUUGAGAAAAGGGAUUUGGAACGACAUAUGAAAAAACACACCAGUGAAAAUGGUAAUGAUCAAUACCGCUACAAAUGUUCUGUGUGUAGUCUAUUUUUUAAAUAUAAUACAUGCAUGAAAAAGCAUUUGAAAACACAUAUAUCUCUUACAACUUGUACAAGUGACGCAUCUUCUGAAUGUGAAGAUACAAAUAAGACGUUUUCUUAUCAUCGAGACAUAAACGCUCAUGGGAGUAAUUUUGUAAAACCUUCUGUUGACAACCUUUUUGUAUGUAAUAUAUGUGACAAAGUGUUUAAAACUAGUGCAACAUUAAAGGGUCACAUGAAAACACAUACGGGUGAAAAACCGUUUAAAUGCGAAGUUUGUGGUAAAAGAUUUAAUCAUAAACCACAUUUGUCACGACACAUCAAAAUACACACUGGUGAAAGACCAUACGUGUGUAAUAAGUGUGGGAAAGAUUUUAUUGACAAAUCCGAGUUGAAUCGCCAUAAUAUUAGGAAACAUAGACAUGAUAUUGAAAAACUCAAUUGCGUCUCAAGUAUCAUUUGCUCUGAGGAGAAUACAACCAAACAAACUCCAAUUGAUAAAAACUAUUCUAAAUGUACAGAAAUUGGUACUUCACACUUUCAAACGUACGCGAAAAUAGACACAGUUGUUACAAUUCAACCUCUUAAAUCUGAUGAAAUCGUUAAUGAGUUAGAUGAUUGUCAACACAAAUUGGAACAUAUGGGAACAUCAAAUGAUGGAACAUAUCAAACUGUUAAUAGUGAUGAAGAUGUUGUGGAACAGAUACCGGAACACAUGGAAUCUCAAUCUACCGAUGAACCUUUCAAGGGCAAUGAUUCUGGAAAAGAGUUUUGUAAUCUUAACAUAUUGCAAUCACACAUAAUAACGCAUACUGGCGAAAAACUUUAUAAAUGUGGAAUAUGUGGAAGACAGUUUAAUAAAAAAACACAUUUGUCAAGACACAUGCACAUUCAUACUGGUGAUAAACCAUAUGAGUGUAAUAAGUGUGGGAAAGCUUUUAUCGAGAAAUGCAGCUUAAAACGACAUAUAAGAAUACACAAUCAUGAAAGUGAAAAACUCCAAUUUGUCUCGAGUAACAUGUGGUCUGAUAAGAUAAAAACUGAACCAAUUCCGGUUGAUGAAAAACCUUUUAAAUGUGGAAUAUGUGGAAGACAGUUUAAUCAUAAACCACAUUUGUCAAGACACAUGCACAUUCAUACUGGUGAUAAACCCUACGUGUGUAAUAAGUGUGGGAAAGGGUUUAUUGAAAGAAAUAAACUAAUACGGCAUGAGAAAAGUGUACAUAUUCAUGAAAGUCAAAAACUCCAUUUUGUCUCGAGUAACAUAUGUUCUGAUGAGGAUAAAAUUGAACCAAUUCCAAUUGAUGAAAAAUCGUCUAGAUGUGUUGAAAAUGGUACUUCACACUUACAAACGUACACAAAAACAAACACAUUUAUUUCAAAUCAGGGAGCUCUAAUGUCUGAUGAAGUUGUUACAUGUAGUAAGCUAGAUGACCUUGAAGACAAACUGGAACAAUUGGAAGCUUCUAAUGUUUACACACAUAAAAGUGAUGAUGGUAAAGAAAUUGGUCAAACGGAACAGAUACCCAAUUGUGUCUUGGGUAACAUGUGUUCUCGUAAAGUUAAACCUGGUCCAAUUCCGACUGCUGCCGAACUUUCUAAAUGCAGAGAAAAUGCAAAUUCACAUUUACAAACGUUCGCGAAAAUAAACACCUUUAUGACAAGUCAUGAAGCUCUUACACGUGAUGAAGUGGUUAAUAAACUAGAUGAAGACAAAUUGGAACAUAUGAAAACAUCAAAUGAUUACACACAUAAAAGUGAUGAUGGUAAAGAAAUGGGUAAAAUGGAACACAUACCCAAUUUUGUCUCACGUAAUAUGAGUUCUCAAGAGUUUGAGCCUAUACCAAUUCCGACUGAUGCAAUAUCUUCUAAACAUGAUGAAAAUGAUACGUCACACUUACAAACGGACUUGAAAACGAACACGUGUAUAACAAACCAGGAACCUGUUAAAUGUGACGAAGUCGUUCAUAAGUUAGAUAAUUGUCAAGACAAAUUGGAACAUAUGGGAACAUGUAAUGGUGGAACACAUAAAACUGAUGCUGAUAAAGGAAUUGGUCAAACGGAACAUAUACCGACAAAAAGAAAAUCCACCUAUAAACCUUUCAAGUGCAAGGAUUGUGGAAAAGAGUUUUGUCAUGAAAGCAGAUUUCAGACACAUACCUUACGAGAACAUUCAGAAGAGAAACCUUUCGAGUGCAAGGAAUGUGGAAAAGGUUUUAUGAAAAACAAACAUUUACAGUCACAUUUAGGACUACAUUCUGGUGAAAGACCUUUUAAGUGCGACGAAUGUGGUAAAGGAUUUAUGACAAAGCCUUCUUUACAAUCACACAUGAUAACACAUUCCAGCAGCAGACCUUUUAAGUGUAAUAUAUGUGGUAAAACAUUCAAGCUCUGGGCACCCUUAGAAAAUCAUGUACGAACUCACUCGUUCGAAGACCAGUUUGAAUGCGAUUUAUGCAGUAAACGAUUUGCGAUGAAGAAAAGCUUAAAAAUUCACAGGAGAGUUCACACAGGAGAAAAAGCAGCAUGUAAAAUUUGUGGGCAGGAAUUCACGUUUAUCAGCAGUUUAAAAUUACACAUGAGAACGCAUACAGGUGAAAAACCCUACAAGUGUUCUUAUUGUGGAAAACAUUUCAGUCGCAGUCGGUAUUUAAAAGUACACAUUAAAAUACACACUGGUGAUAAACCGUACAUGUGCGAUGAGUGUGGUAAACGAUUUAUUGGGGGAAGGGAAAUGAGAAAACAUAUGAAAACACACAAAAAGAAAGUUGUAUGUGAUUCGAGUAAUUCUUGUGAUACAUAGUUUAUUGAUGACCAAAUUUUGGAAGACGUGUCGCAGAAAUGGAAUGAAUUAACAAUUUUUAAUAUUUUUAAAUAUAUCUUUAUCCAAUGUAUAUCAUAUACAUGUAUGCACUGUA